AUGGAUCUGUAUUUUGCGCCUGAAGAGGCGUUCCUUUCCCAUUGCGUCGACACGAAUUUCGCACCUGAAAAAUCAUACUCACCCGACAGCUCGAAUUUGCCCGGAGAGCAAUACCGACCUGAAAGCAUGAACCUGUGUCAGUUGUCUGCAAAUGAAUCCUCGCCGGAAAGAAUGAUCCUGUGUGAGUUUCCCGAGCCACAGUCAGCCCGCAGCACAGAUGGGCUUUUCUUGCCUGCUGAGAAAUACGUACCCGACAAGUUGGACCUGAGUCUUUUGCCUGCCGAGAUGUACGAACUUCCACCUUCGGGCAUGUUCCUGUUGCCUGCCAAAACAUACGAGCCCGAGAGCGUAGACCCAUUUCUCUUGCCUGCAAGGACAUACUCGCCCAACAGCACAAGUGACUAUGGAUGCCAUGUUACACCCCCGAUGGAGGACCCAAAUGCGCACUCCAGUACAUGGUUUCGACCAACAGGACCAGAGGACGUUGCCGAUUAUCAGUCUCUUGCCGAAUGCAAUCCACACCUCAUUGAUAUCGAUACCGAAAUGGCAGACCUCAUGCAAGGGUUCAUGCCAAUUCCCCUACAAUCGAUUGAUAAGAUCCCAGACGAAUCCUCCAUCAGAGCUCUGCUCAGCCCUGAAUCGUGCAGUCCUGUUUUCUCCAACGCUGCAUUAGAAAUUGGGACUCACAAGUCGUUGAUUCCAGUGGCGUUGGAUCUGCCGGUCAAGCGCGGACCAAAUAAUCAGCCAACUUUGGUCAACCCUGGAGCUUCCAAGCGCCCUCGCAGCCAGGCAGCUUCUCUCCGUUCUGUGAACAGCACCCAAGGAACGAACCGACUCAGCGCAACCCGACACAUCACUUCUCGGCUCAGUACUCGACUCAGUACCCGCCCUAAUCUCUCGCGACAGUCGAGUGUUUUGCUUCUUCAUGGCGUGGAUGAGUUCAAUGAAACAGCUCGAAAUUUGACUGUAAGAAAUGUCGAGUCUCCCAAACGGAAGAAACUGUUCGGCAAUGACGGUUGGCUUGGACCUCAUCCUGGUUCAGUGAUUCAAUCACCAAUCUUUGAGCCACCUCCGGUACUACCUCUGAAUCCGACUCCCACGUCGAUAUCAAGGCCAGCCCUCUUCCGGGGCCUCAGCAAGAAGUUCAGAAAGCAAGUGACUAAUCACGAUCCAAAGAGCCCCUCGAAACCGUUCGCCAGUAGUUUGAUGGGAACUCUCAAGACUAAUCUUCAGAUGUCGUUGAAACCCACCUGCCAAGCAAAACUGUAUUCGGACCUAGAAGUGAUGAUCUGCACCACUGCCAAUGAUUUUCUGCUUCGUCAAUACUAUGACGGCCGCAUCUCUCAAUACUCCGUCAACAAGGUCCUCCAGCAAUGGGGAUCAAAGAAUCGUCCACAGGUGUACCAAUUCCACUUCGAUCAGACUACCCAACGGAGGCUGAUCCUGGAAAACCGUCGCACUCUGGAUUUCAGUGGUGGAUGUUCUACCAAUGCAAUGCAGUUCCACUCGAGCAUGCAAAGCUGGAAAGCCAUCGCGACAGAGAUGAGUGCCCGCACUUUUUGCCUGCCAGACAGUGCCAUUCGAAAGAACCUGUUCGAAAUUCAACAGAUCCUGGAUAUGUUGGGUGCACCGGUAUCAACCCUUCGAGAAUUGAAUGACCUGAUUGCCUGGGCGCAUUCGCAGAUGGUGGAAGCAUCCGAGUUGAGCCGUUCUUCCGACCAGAGUCAAAACCGCUCAUAUUCUCAUUUUGCAUAA